CGGCGGCGGGGUCCUUAAAGGGGCAGCACCGCGCGGGCGCCUAGGGAGAGGCGGCGGUGGCAGUAGCUGCAGCGCGCAGCUCCGGCCGCGGGGCGCCCUCCGCUCUCCGUGAGCGAUGGCGGGAGCGGUGCGGAGCCCUCGUGGUGUCCGUCCGUCCGUCCGUCGGGCCCUUGACAGUCAGGCCCCGUGGUAUCUCCGUGGUGCCCGUGUGGAGCUCCUUGCCUCCUCUAGUAUUUCUCUGGCGUCUGACGCGGGCAUCGGGGGUGCGGGAUGGCAGUCAGGUGCCGGGCCUGCCCCGGUGUGCCGGGCUUUGUGCUUCCACGCAGAUGCAGUGUGCGCCCAUACAGUAAUGCGGCUCCUGCAGCCGGGUGCUGUGCACGUGUUCUGCGGGUUAUGCAGCCCAGGAAACCGAUGGAGGCUGUGUCAGUAACGGUAUGGCCAGGCCUUGCCAGCGCUGGAGUAUCAAGCAGCGAGAAAUGCAGCGAGUGCUGUUUUCUAAAUGACUGUAAAACCAAAUGGCACAAUUAUCCUUUUCUGGGUCUGUGUGUAACCAUAUAUAGUCAUUAAGUUUAUUCCGUCUGAAGACUCGGUUUUCACUCUUCUUGGUAUGUCGUUGUUUUUAUUCUGGGAGUUAUUCUGGAUUUCUUCAAAUGUGCCCUAUUGGUUUGUUCUAUAUAGCGUGUGGUGUGUUUUCUCAGCAGACUGCUUACUGCUCUGCAUCUUUCUGUGGUAUUUUAUGAUGAAAAUAACCCCGUGAAAGCUUCAGUGUAGGUUUCACACUGCUUUCCUCACAUAAGCUUCAGUUCAGUAAAUGGUGGAUGGAAUGGCUCUGUCAUAGCCUACAGCUCCUCACAGGGAGUGGAGGAGCAGCACUGAGCUCUGCUCUGUGUGACAGCGACAGGGCCCGAGGGAACGGCAUGGAGCUGCAUCAGGGGAGGGCAGCUGGGGGUCAGGGAAAGGGGCUGCACCACAGGGCGGUGGGCACAGCUCCCGGUGCUGGAGUCCACAGGGCAUACACACUCUCAUUCCUGGUCUGAUUUUUGUUGGUGUUGUGUGGAACCUGAAGUUGGACUCUAUGGUCCUUGUGGGUUCCUUCCAGCUUGAGAUAUUCUGUAAUGUUCUUUGUUGGGUAUAGUAGGGGACGGUGCACUGCACUGAGGCUUGGAAGUCUCUUUCUCUUCAUUCUCACUGAAGUGAUUUUGGGACAUUUGUUUUCAGUCAAUGGCAGUGUAUCCUUGCCUGCAUACGUUUUCAUAAAUGUUCCUCCUUCAGGGUGGGUCUCAUAGAGUGCUGUGCUGGACAAUCAUUUGUCUUGUUACCGUUUCCUUUGUGCUAAGGGCAAAACAGAACUCCUUACAUUUUGUGUAACUGUUACAGUUGCUUUAUUCUUGUGCAUUUAUGUGUGUAUGUAUACACACACAUAUAUACAAACUUCACUUUGUCAUUACUAACUACAGUUGCUGCUGCAGCAAAUGUGGAAGUGUUUGAGACACAGCUCAGUUCUUGGAGGAGCGUGACUCUCUUGCUAUUAUUGAGACACACGCUGAAAGCCAGGAGUGAACGAUCCACAGAGCCUAUGGUAGUGAGAUGUCCCAAAUAGAGAGAGGUGCGGCCCAAGCUGUAUUUCAGAAUAUUGUGUAAUGCUGUGAGAGCUAAAUGCCACCUCUGCAAUACCAGCGCACGUGGAAGUUUGCAAUAAAGCAGAUGAGUAUUUUGAUGUAAGACUGGGUCAUUUUUGGUGUGUGAAAUUUAAAAUUCCACGGAUGUGGUUUCUCUCUCUCGCAGCAGCUGGUUGCUUCAGCCGUGCUUGUUACAAGGCUGUAGGCUAACAAAUGCGAAGUCUCAUGGGAGGUUGUUUUACCACAGCUCAGCACUGUACAAAAUGUAAAACAACGUAUUGCUCUUCUAAGCAGGGGAGUCCAGGAGCAAGAAGAAAGCUGCAAAUGGAGUGCCUUCCUUGGCUUGCUUGCUGCCAGAUGUUACCCAAGUAUUUUAUCCUGUCCAUUAUAGCUCUCCAUCAGAUAAUCAGAUGCUAAAGGAUGCGUGUUUGUUGGCUGAUUCUUCACUAAGGCUGUUUCGUAUCAUAGCUUUGUAACACCGCAGUCACAAAUAGAGCUGGAAAUAGGGUAGAAAACAGAGACAGCAGGAGUCUGGAAAUAUCAGUCUUUUUGGUACUGGUGCAUUACUGUUUAUCGAGAUAAUAAAGGGGGAUAACUUGGUUUCCUUCCUUGUCUUCGCAUAAUUUCUUAUCAUCUGUGAUGUGAAUGUGCUUGGUUGUUCUUGAUGCAUGAACUACUCCAGGCUAUAAUCUCCUUUUUCUCCAUAUAUAUAUGGAGAAAAAAUAUAUAUAAUGUGUAAAAAAGACUAUUUAGUAUUAAAGAGGGAGGCCAUUUCAGUGCUUACACUAAAAGGGGAUAUUUUGAAAACGAGAGGCAAAUAACCAAGAUAAUCAUACCCUUAGCUGGGUGAUUCACUGGGAAUAUGAUGACUUUCUGCUGAUGUACUGAAAGAGGAAUACAUUUUUUCUGUACCACUCAACUUUAAUUUAUAUUGUACUUGGGAGCCCUUUGAAUUCCAUGCAUUUUAUUUUGGGUACGGAGGGAAUACGGAAAUCUGGCUAUACUUCAUAUCCUGCUUAGUUUUUUUGAAGCAGCACAGCAAACAGAACAACGGAAAAGGGUAUUACAAUACUUAGCACUGAAAAAAGUAAAUUCCAAGUCUUUCAUAUUCAAAAGAAGCAGGUUUAUAAGACGUAAAUUGGAGCUUCAUACAUAUUUAACAUGCCUAGAGAAUGCCGAAAUGUAUGUGCUGUGUUGUAUGGUUACAUAGAAUCACUAAGGUAGGGAAAGACCUCAGAGAUAACCCAGUCCAACCAUCAGCCCUCACCAUGCCCACCAACCAUGGCCUUCAGUGCCACAUCCAUGUGGCUCUUGGACACCUCCAGGGACAGUGACUCCACCAGAUCCCUGAGCAGUCUGUGCCUCUGCCUCACUGCUCUGAGAAGAAUUUUUUCCAAAUAUCCAAGCUCUCCUGUGCAACUUGAGGCCAUUCCCUCUCAUCCUGUUAUUGUUACCUGGGAGAAAAAGCUGACCCCCACUUUGCCCCUCCUUUUGGGAGGUUAUAGAGAGCAAUAAGAUCUCUUCUGAGCCUCCUGCUCUCUGGACUGAAGAACUUUAUAACUAAGGAACUACCCAAUCUGUCUAUGAUCACAUAGUUCACGUAUUCUGGCCCACUGGGUGUUUGUGGGUCAUGGCACAAGCAAUGGCAGCAAUAGAUCUAUCCUGUGUUGCUUUUUGUUUUUUCUUAAUUUUCAUCUAAGUUGUUGUUUUCAGUAGCUUAUUUCUUAGUCAUACUGAAAUUUGCCAUUAUGAGUAUGUUUGAGUUAUUCCGGAAAGUUUAGGCUAAAAUGAAUUGGCAUUUUGAAAAAGACAUUGGGAGAAAGUAAAUGUGUUAAUGAAAACAGGAGGAUAAGUGCUUUUUUGGCUUAUUUAAAAGCAACUCAGCACUUGGGUUCUAAAACUUAGAAUAGCAGAGGAAGGGGAAAGGGAGUGUACACACUGACAUAGCACAUAUGGCUGCACCUAGAGAAACUUAUAUCAGAUUACAAGCUCUUGAAAAACUGGAUCAAGUGUAUAACUUGGCAAAUGUUUAUUAAAUUGCUCUAAUAUUCCAUAUAUCUUGAGUAUCGCCCUGUCUGUUGGUGGCUGCAUGUCACCUGACUGUGCAAUCAUCAUCUGGACCAAGCAGUUAAGCAUGAUGACUCCUGCAGCAUUAGGCAGUGGGUAAGUUUAAUCCUGUGUAGCCUUUCUUGUUUGUGCUUCUUCCCCAGCCCCAGAGCAUGUAGAUGCAGUGGUACUGAUGGAGAGGUGAAGACUGGUCUUUGGGGAGGGUGGGGAGCAGAGGCUGAAGCCUGGAAGGAAUGCAGUAAGCCCAGGAGCCUGAAGAGAUUCCAGAUAGUCAUAACUGGAGGGGAUGAGAAGUCAGCGGGCAAGGAAGAAAAGUGAACAAGGAAUAAGGGUGGUAGAUGACUGGGGAGCCCAGGGGGCAUGGAUGGCAGAGCCAGGCUGCUCGUGUUCAACCAGAUGUUGGAGUUAAAAAAAAAAAAAAGUGGUGGAAAACUUGCUGGUCAAUUGCAGCUGGGUUUGGCAGAUACAGGACUGGGAUUUCAUGUAGCUUUAGUUUAUUCAACUGGCCCAAGUCAAUGUUUCCUUGAAGGGCUCCAAAAUCUAUUGAAAACCGUUACUUACUGAGAGAGUAGUGAGGUGUUGGCACAGGCUGCCCAGAGAUGCUGUGGGUGUCCCAUCCCUGGAAGUGUUUAAGGCCAGUUUGAAUGGGGCCCUGGGCAAUCUGAUCUAGUACUUGUCCUAGCGACCUGCAGCCCUGCCUGUGGCAGGGGGGUUGGAAAUUGAUGGUCCUUGAGGUCCCUUCCACCCCAAGCCAUUCUAUGAUUUCUGAAACCAUUGAGGACAUAAAAAUAAAACCAUUGAUAUUGGAACAUUUUAAUCUUAAGCGUUUAAAUGUUCAAAAAUGUAUAGAGGGGUUUUUGCUUACAUAUUCAACAUCUUAAAUCUGUUUUAAUGGCAGUUAUUAGUUUAAUAAAACUUAUCAUCUUCCUUCAAUUGUAUGUCAGUAUCGUUAAGAUUUGUCUGUCAUGGAAUCAUUGGAAACUUCUAACAGUUUUGUGAUAUGAAUGUUAGAAAACUUCCAUGCCUAUGAAAUGACAUCCUACAUAAAUGUCUUGCUCACACUGUAAAGAAUAUUUAAUAGAAAUAAAGACAUAGUAAGAUUGGUGCUUAUUUUGUGUCUUCUUUAUGAAAAUAAGAAAUCAUGAUUAAAAUAGAGCUUGUCAAUGCUCUGGUUUAAUUUAAAGGAGAUGUUGCAGUGAGCUUCUCCAGAAGUAAGAGAGCCACGACAAGCUUGUGGGGAUAUUCCAGAGGCUGCAGUGGCGGAGAUACAGGGCUGGGUGCAGCACAUGGGCAGAGAUGUUGUUCAUUCACAGGGAGUGCUGAGGAAAUGGGGAGGGUGGGCUUCUGCUUUAUUAAUAAAAUUGUGUUUGAAAGAGUAAUUAAGUAUCAUUAGGCAGGAAAGUUGUAUCAGAAUCAGUUCCAGCUGUAUAACUGCUGAUACACACCCUCUGGUCUUCAAGGGUUCUUCAGUUGUGUUUCUAAUGUGCUCCUCUUGGCACUACAGCAAGUCAGAUACCAUGCUAUCAUUUGGAUAGUAGGAGUCUUAGAUGUUAUGAUGACAGUUUAUUUGGUAUAUCUUGAAGGGAAAAAUAAUUCUCUGUCCUGUGAUAAAAAUAGACAUAUGUGAGGAAUUCACGUGCUAGGAUACAUAAGCAAAGACCAUGGAAGUCCUUCAGUUUGCACUGUUAAGAAGAAGAAAUAGCAAAAGAGUCAUCCUUUACUGUGUGGACGAUUGGGAAUGAAUGAGAGUGAUGGGGAGUAUUUUUGCUUCCCUAUGCUCUAAUCCCUCAGGAGUCUCAGAGCAAUUAGGGAAGGAAGCUUUCCUUUUCCUCACAUUUUGUUUUCCUUUUAUCAGAAUUUCUAGUCCCCAUAAUUCUUUUCUACUGUAUGGAGCUGAUAAAGCAGCAUCAAAUUGCAGUGUGAAAUGGAUAAGAGAAACUGAGAUGCUGCAGAAGUUUCUUGAUUUGGAGAACCUUUUAACAGUUGGAAGUAUGAGGUUUUAUGCCUGUGAGGAUUACCUUCUGCAAUGCCAAGAGCUACCUGCAGCCAGGGUACCUAGCAUGCUGAGUUGGCAUCAUUUUAUGACUAGAUUGGAAUAGAAUUCUUUCUUGUUGUUAAGAAGCAUGACGGUAAAUAGGCAAUUACACAAGCCAUGAACGUGAGCCAUGAUGAUGUGUGCAUCCCCAGAAAUGUGCUGGUGCAAACCCAAAGGGUGUAGGCAGAUUUAAGGAGCUGGAGUUCUUGACAAGACCCAUCUGCUUUCACUGUUGUGCCUUGAGAAAUGUGUAUUGCCUUAUACGUCCUUAGUAUCUAUUUUGUAAGUUACUGCAUAUGCAAUUGCAGCAUGUAAAGUGGCACCAUUUUUUAUAUAUGUAAUGGUUUUUUCGUAUUUAGUACCAGCAAAUAAGAGAAUUUCCAGAAUCCCUUUAAAACACAGAAAGCAGUGUGCUCAGUGAGUGUGAACUGCUAAAGGGGCACACAUCUUCUCAUGAGAUGGUCUGUUGUUCACGAUACAGUGUGACACUGUGGCCAUGCUUGGAAGAUAAAACCUGUGAUACAAAUAUGUUGUAUGCCUUCUUAUCAAAUGGAAUGAUAUGAAAACAGGAUGCUGUGGAGAAGUAAUGGAACAACAAAGCAGUACAUACAGCAUUGAAGAUAUCUUGCUGAAUAAAGCCCAUAUCUUAUAGAACUGUAGAAUCAUUAAGGUUGGAGGAGACCGCUGAGAUCAUCUAGUCCAAAUGUCGACCCAUCACCACCAGUGUAUACAUCCAAGAUUCAGUGUGCAAAUAAAGGUUAAUGGUAGAUUGAAGCCUCAAUUUCUGAAAAAAAAUCACCUUAGCAGUGGAUUUUGAUUUUAUUUUAAUUUUCAGUUUCUUAAAGUGUACGGUGCACUCUUAAAAUUUCAUCUCAUCUUCAUCCAGAUUAAUAUAUAAAUAACUUUAUUGUAUCACCAAACAAUAAAGGGAAAAAAGUGACACAAAGUAAAUCUCAUUUUACUGCAGCAGAAAAUUGGUUUUGUGGCUUUUUUUAGGGCUCUUCUCCCAAAGAAAUUGACAGCAUAGCUGUUGUGUAAUAAUCGUUGAGCUGUAUUUGUGUAGUGUAACUCCCCAAGGCAGGUAUUAUACUCCUGAACAGGAACAUAAUCUUUCUAAAAGUACAAUAUUUCUAAAUAAUGGCUGUACUUUGUACGUACAGAAGAUAGAGGAAAUGAAAGUCACCUCGCUGCUGAGUAAGGACUGCAUUCUCAUGGAGUGCGUUUUUAAUAAACUUGUGUGCAUCAACUUCACAUUGAUUUGUUUGUCUUAAUUUUACUUAACGUCUCUUUGUAGGCAGGUCGAUGGAGAUAAGUAACGACUGCAGCAAAGGUAGAAUGAAGCCCUGCUGGCAAGUUGUCAUAUGUACUCUGUGUUUUACUUUGUUAUUUUUAUUUGAAUCUGUAAUCACAUACAUGUAUAUAUACAUACCCUUUAUGUAUGCUGAUGUUUGUAGAUCUGAAUGUAUGCACAGGUCUUUGUUUCUUACUGGCUGGCAUGCAAAGUGAGAGCUGCUGAACGCAGGGCUCAUUUAUGCUUGAAUGAACAAGGUUGUAUUUUACUUCAUAAUAAAAACCUAAGCCUUUAAGUGACAAAACAAGUGGCCAUUUGUUCUGGUUUCGUAGUUAACUGUCUUCUUUAUAUUGAUAACAUGAUUUUAAAGCUGGUCUGCAAGAAGUAUAAAAAUGAAAACACAAACGGAUAACAGUAAAGUGCAGGCUCCACAAUGCCUUGUUGUUGUCUCCAUCCUUUAACAGGUGAGCUGCGCCCUGUUCUUGCCUCCUCUGAGGUAUGUGGGAGGACAAAACAUGCAAGUUCAGAUCUGUAUCAUUUUCUUCUCUCAUAUGUUUCGGAGUAGGCUUUGUAGUUGUAAUUGCUCUCAGUUGUCUUUUGGAAGAAAGCAACAUGACUGCAAUGUCCUCUCACUCCUCUGCCCAACCUUUUCUUGGUAUCUUUUCAAUCCAGUUUUGGGCCCCUCACUGCAAGAAAGAUAUUGAGGCCUUGGAACGUGUUCAAAGGAGGGCAACAAAGCUGGUGAGGGGUCUGGAGCACAGGCCAUAUGAGGAGAGGCUGAAGGAGCUGGGAAUGUUCAGCCUGGAGAAGAGGAGGCUCAGGGGAGACCUCAUUGCUCUCUAUAACUUCCUGAAGGGAGGUUGUAGUGAGCUGGGGGUCGGCCUCUUCUCUCGUGUCAUUAGUGAUAGGACCAGGGGGAAUGGUUUCAAGCUACGCCAGGGGAGAUUCAGGCUGGACAUGAGGAAGUAUUGCUUUUCAGAAAGGGUGGUCAGGCACUGGAAUGGACUGCCCAGGGAGGUGGUGGAGUCACCGAGCCUGGGGGUGUUCAAGGAAAGGCUGGAUGUUGUGUUGAGGGACAUGGUUUAGUAGGAGCUAUUGGGAAUAGGUGAACGGUUGGACUGGGUGAUCUUUUAGGUCUUUUCCAACCUUGGUGAUUCUAUGAUUCUAUGAUUCUAUGAUCUUUCACCUGGGCUGCAUUUCUUCAGUACUUCCUCCAUUCUGCCCUUGAUGCCUCAUACACGAGGUCUUGCAGCUUGCCUGUUUCUGGAGUUUCGGGAAAGGCUUUGGAAGCAAGGACUGCUUUCUUCUUUUUACAUCAUAUUUUUUGAGUGAUUAGAUCUGUCAACCAAGAUACUACGGGUUCUUUGCUGCAGCUGUUUCUGGAUGAAAGAAACAGGCUCUUCAGAUUUGUGAUGGUAAAGUAGACUCUUUAGACACAAAAAAAUGGAUAAUCCCCAUUUAGUUGGCAGUGACCUAUGUUCAGGAGAUUCUGCAGAGUGGGAAAUGACUUUUGCAAGUAGCUCAGUAAGCUGAGAAAAGUGAAAAGGAGUACCAGAAUUACAGAAGGUGAAUAGUGUGUGAAAAAUGAGAUAAAUUUCUUCUUGGGGUACACAGGUCUUGGACAGCUGAGGACAGAGAGCCCUUCAAGGCUACAUGAACAGGCAUGUCGUUGUAGGCUGGGACUCCUAACUCAGUAUUUCAUCUCUUACCAGUGACUAAAUCAUAUAAUGCCUCACUGCUUCCUAGAGUAUCUUCUCCGCUCUUUCAGAGCUGGUUUUCAUGAACUGUGGAUGGUGUCUGUAUUGACUGGCCCUUAGCAUUUUGUGCGUCUGUGAACUGACCUGGAAAACUGUACAUAUACACUAUACACAGAUAAAUGUUGGUUCAGAAAUGUAGAUACCAACUUCAUCUCACUUUCAGAAAUGUUGGAGUUACUUUCGUUUCAGCUCUUACGCACUCAGCAGAACUGGGAACACGAGUACUUUUUUCUGUGUGGGAAACAAAGAUAAUCUGGUGUAAGAGCCAAACUGUGCUGUAGCCAUCAUUUCAGAUGGCCUUUGCACAAGGUUAGCAUCAGUAACCUCUGGUGAGAGUUUUGUAGGCAUUCUGUAAUACUUUUCAGUUAAAUAUUUUUAUAAUCUUUGCUACUUUGCUUUCUUCUUCAAGUCUUCUAAAGUAGCUUUAAUGUAUCAAAGAAGUGCUGUGAAAUUAAAUAAAAUUAACUGUAAAUGGUAAUUUUUGUGAAGUUUCUUUAAAAUUGCUGAAUAAAUCUGUAGCAGAACCUGCCUUCUCUAAACAUUCAGUACCAAUGAUGGCACACACUCCUUGGUAUGCUGCUAGUGUUUAUCAUGUAGAAGAUUACUUGAUUAUAGCCACCGCUGGAAUACAUUCCACAAUCAAGUAAAAGUGUGAUUAUGAAAGAGAUUUAAAUUGGGAAAUGAAAAGUCUUUGCCCUUUCUUGGCUUCAUGCUGAAUUUUGAUGCAGAAGGACUUCCCUGAAAACUCGGAGCUGAGUUGUUCCUAUGAGUUUUAUUUGGGGAUGUGUCUUGUCUCAUCUAAGCAGACAGAGAGUAAAGUAUAAAGACUCAACAGCAAGCAAGUCUACUGUCUGAGUGUAGCCUUCUGUAUUUUCUUUAAUCAUCUUCAGUCUCAGAAAGUGUGCUGUAUGUUGUUGUCUCUGAAUCUUUUUCUGUUGGUUCCCAGGUUUCUGUUGUGCACCUGGUACAUCAGUGGGACUCACUCUGCUGGAAUGAGAUAAUGGUGUCCUCAACCCACUGAAGGAGAAGGAGUAUUUGUUCGUACUGAUGAUGAUUUGAUGCAAUUAACAUUUUCUUAACCAUGAUGGCAACACAGACAUUAAGUAUAGACAACUAUCAAGAUGGACAACCGAUGCAAGUAGUAACAGAGUUAAAAACUGAACAAGAUCCAAACUGCUCUGAAACUGAUGCAGAAGGGGUGAGUCCUGCCCCUGUAGAAUCUCAAACUCCAAUGGAUGCAGACAAGCAGGCCAUUUACAGACACCCAUUAUUUCCGUUGUUAGCACUGUUAUUUGAAAAAUGUGAACAAUCUACACAAGGAUCGGAAGGCACGACUUCUGCAAGUUUUGAUGUAGAUAUUGAAAAUUUUGUAAGGAAGCAGGAAAAAGAAGGAAAACCCUUCUUCUGUGAAGAUCCAGAAACUGAUAAUCUGAUGGUAAAAGCAAUCCAAGUUCUUCGUAUUCAUCUGCUUGAGCUAGAAAAGGUUAAUGAGCUUUGCAAGGACUUCUGUAGUCGCUACAUUGCCUGCCUGAAGACAAAAAUGAACAGUGAAACUCUAUUAAGUGGAGAGCCUGGAAGUCCUUAUUCACCUGUGCAAUCUCAGCAAAUGCCAAGUGCCAUUGCAGGCACACUCAGUCCCCAAGGGAUUAUGGUGCCAGCAUCAGCAUUGCAGCAGGGAAACGUAACUAUGGCAACAGUAGCAGGAGGGACAGUGUAUCAGCCUGUUACUGUGGUCACUCCACAAGGCCAAGUGGUGACACAAGCAUUGUCACCUGGGACUAUUCGAAUUCAGAAUUCUCAGCUUCAGUUGCAAUUAAACCAAGAUCUAGGCAUCUUGCAUCAAGAUGAUGGCUCAUCAAAAAAUAAAAGAGGAGUUCUUCCCAAGCACGCUACAAACGUGAUGAGAUCUUGGCUAUUUCAGCACAUAGGGCAUCCAUAUCCAACAGAGGAUGAGAAGAAACAGAUUGCAGCACAAACAAAUCUUACACUACUCCAAGUUAACAAUUGGUUUAUCAAUGCUAGAAGACGAAUUCUUCAGCCAAUGCUGGAUUCCAGUUGUUCUGAAACUCCAAAAACAAAGAAGAAAACAGCUCAGAACAGACCGGUUCAGAGGUUCUGGCCUGACUCCAUUGCAUCAGGAGUUGCUCAGCAGCAAUCUAAUGAGCUCACUAUGUCAGAUGGUGCUGUUGUAACAAUUACAGCCCCGGUAAACAUGAAUGUAGACAGUCUCCAGUCCUUGUCAUCCGAUGGUGCUACACUGGCCGUUCAGCAAGUUAUGAUGGCGGGGCAAAGUGAGGAUGAGUCCGUAGACAGCGGUGAAGACGAUGGAGGAGAUCUCUCAACGACAAACAUCAGUGGGCUGGUUUUGGAUAACAGCGAUUCUCUGCAGUAGGAAGCAUGAGAGUGUGACACAACGUUUAGGAAAAAGAAUGGACUGACUGACUGUUUUUAUAGUUUGCACAGCAAACAUUUUACACAAGUUUUAUUUCUAAUAUGUUUUAUAUGUAGAUAUAGAAGGGUGCACUUUUUUGUAUUUCAUAGUAAGCUUAAAGAGUGUUUUUGCAGGUGCAGCAACUUCUUUCAAAUGUGGUUGUUUUGUUUUUUUUCCAUUUCAUUUUCUUAUUUCAGAAAAUAUUAUCUAGUAAUAUAAAGAACCACGUAAGCACCCCUUUAUUCUCUGAAUUGGAAGUGCUGCCAUUUCUAAAGAAUUAUGCAGUUUCAAUUAGUGCUGUUAUUUAACACAGCUCUUGAUGGGCAGGUGAUGUAAAUUUAAAGCAUGUGAGGAACUUGAUCGUUAAGUUUGAGGCGUAUAUUUGAAAGAUGCUUCUGCACCUUAAAAACUGCUAGUCUGAGGUGGACAGCAACACACACACAAAGAAAAAGGCCAUGUGUGAUUCAGUAGCGAAUGUAUGGCAACUUCAAUGAGUUUAGUUUCUCUCAUAGUCCAUGAGCCUGUUUAUCAUUUGCUAUAAAAACUCCUAUUUUUACCUUACCGGGAUUAUUGGAUAAAAAAAAAUAUUUUU